AUGCGACGAUUCGCGCGCGAAAUCUGGGCCGAGCAAAUACCGUACCUACUUAACCGACUACUGAGUUCAUGGGCGUUCGGCGAAACUUUUUUUACUUUUUUGGAUUUAUCCUAGAUUGUAGGGGCUCAAAAUUCAAGUCUGGCCAUGUCCGUGAAACUCAUAUCAAAAGUUUCAAUGUUUUUAGAUUUUUUUUUAAUAAUCUUUUUUAAAGGCAUAGGGGCAGCUAAAAAAGAUGUUUCACUUCAAAGCAGUACUUUGUAGAGCUUUUCAUUGCGAAUCGAACGGUGAACUUGGAAAUGUACUAAACUUACUAGUUUUGGAGAAAAAAUAGUUCAAAGUCGGAGAAAUGAAAGCUUGAGUUCCCGCGAAAAGGGCACUUUGCAGUAAAGUUGCUCUAUGGACAACACCCUUCGCCAUUUUUCGGACUUUCGCUUUUUCUUCGUUUCUUUUAGUUUUCAAUUUUUCCUGUUUUCACCAAAGUUCUUUUUGUCACAAAAACUUUCUAUUCAUGUAUAGUUUGCAAACUUUAAUCGCAAAAAUGCUUCUCUGGUGAAAAAUGAUGAUUUUACGCAGGUUUCGAUUGGGAUAGCGAUAUUUUGUGUUUCCUUUAUUAUCGGUGUGUGUUUUUUGUUUGAUUAAAUGAUUUUUCAGAGAAGAAACCCUUAAUUUGAAGCAGAUAACCGGUUAUUUCUCCCAAAAUGGGAGUCUAUUGACACGUCCGCAACAUAAAAGUAGUCACCUUUGUAAGUUUUUUUGAUAGCGCAGUUCGAUUCGCAAUUAAAAGCUAUAUAAGAUACUGCUUACACCUGAAACCCAGUUUUUUUACUAUGCCUUUAAAACAAGCAUAAAAGGUUUCAAACCUCUUUUAAAGGCUCGACUUGAAUUAAGAAAGGGCAUAGUUUAGAAAAUUCCAAUUUUAAGGAAGUUUUUUAAAGAAAAAUAAUUUUUAUCUAGAUCACUGUGAACAUAAAAAGUGUAGAAAUUGACUUUUUUUCUAAAUCAGUAAGAAGGGGCUUGCAGGUAGACGGAUGGUUCUUCAAAAAUCUGUGAACUCUCUCAUCUCCGACAUAACUAACCAGGCCUUGAACCUCGAUCCGAUCCAAUUCCAACAGUUCAUAUUUACUCCUGUACUCUCCAGAGAAGGCCUCUUCCUGCUGAAUCAGACUGAAACCUCAGUUCUCCAUCUUCAACUUAUUCAGAAAAGACGAAACACGGCCGCUCGGUGGCCCUUGAUUCGAAGGUCGGACUCGCCGCAAAAGCAAACAAAAAUUCCGAAGGCUACUGAAGACGACGACGUUAUAGGUAUCUACAUCUAAAUAUAAUAAGUUAUGAAGUGCCUUUGGAGUGGCGUAGCUUUCACGGUCGUUCUGUUCUCUUCUUUUUUUUUCCAAAUUUCUUUCAAUUGACAAAAACUGGCGAAAGGGACACUUUCUUUGCAUUUUCAUUGGUAGAAAACGGAGAAAAAAAACAGGAAAAAAAAAAUUAAAACGAUCACAGUUUCUGAGAGACUCGUCAAUAUGACGAAAGAUUUUUGAGAACUGAGCUGCGGCAAAAUUUCAUGGAGCUCAAAUUUGAGCCGAAUCGGAAUGAAAAACACGCUUUGAUGUUCACUCUAGAGAGAAAAUUGUAAGGAGCAUAUUUUUUAAAAUCGAACCUAAACACGUUCCGAAGUGAAAUUAUAGUACCUAACAAGAAAAGUCGUUUUGCUGAGCGGUUGAAAUUUUUUGAAAAUUUGCCAGAAUACUUCUUGAUGUAGAUUCCAAAAGGUUCAACAUGCACAGCUUUCUAGUUUUUGAGAAAGUUCUCCUCAAAGUCAAAAAUCCGUUGAAAUACACUAUUUUGAAGCUUGGACACCUCAAUUCUCGCAAACUAGAAAGAUUUGCAGGUUUAAACUUUCAGGGUCUUAUUUCUGGUACAUGAAUACUUUUUUUUUUAAUUCCCAACCGCCAAGAAAAAUGACCUUCCUUGUAAAACCCUGCCACAGCUCGCUACAUUAAAAUCGAAUCUAGAUUAACAAUCUAACAAAAAAAAACUAUUAGAGAGAAAAAAGAGCCCACAAAAAAGUACGCGUACCAUGAAUAUUUCAAAAAGAAGGCUGGCUAAUUAAUCUUAUCAGUUUUUGUUCUUUAGUUGAUUUGGCACAACUAGAGAUAAGUAGAAGACCUGGAAAAGUUCAUCACAAAAACAUCGCUUGAUUUCAAGAAGUCAAUAGAAGGAAUUGGAACCGUUUCGGGAAAAGUCACGAAAAUGCGAACAGAACGAGAAGGGGAGAACGACCGGUGGUAGAGAGCAGAUAAAAUGACUAUGAUUGAAAGAAAAGAAAAAGGAAAUAUCAACAGAAAAGUGA